AUAUGUUUAAAAAGGAGGAGGGCUCACUUGUCAAGAAUGCCUUAGAAGAGUUGUGAAAACAGCCAGCCCGAGAACGGGAGUUAUACAGUUGUGGAUGCCGCUUUCCCGAAGAGCAGCAACUUGGUUAGAUCUGGGAAGGAGAGAGGGUGUGUGUGAGAGCGACGCAGAAGGGAAAGUGUGUGAGAGUGUGUCAGGACCAGAGGCUCCAAAGGACGUCACGCACGCUCCCAGAGAGAGAGGGAAACGUGCUGUCACAGGAAGGUGUCUAUCCUCACGUGCACUGGGCUGUGGAAGCGUCAACAGCCUCUGACAGAAGUGAGUAGAUGCAGUGAGACGAUGGUGUUCAUUUAGUCAGCUGAAGUGGAUAUUACUCAAAAGUGACAAAGAUAUCGAUUUCUAGUCCUAACUUACUUUCUGAGAGAGGUUGAAAUUCCUCGACAGGAAAAAGACUGUACUCGUGUGAAGGGUUUUUGCAUCACGAUGGAUCAGCCGGCCAGCAGCUGCAUGCGGAGCGCCCAUCCCAGCACCCCCAUCUGGGGCUGCAUGAGGAACCCUCACUCUGGGGUCCCAGGGGUGAAUCUGCAGUCGCCCUACCAGCAGGCCCCGUUCUCCCUCCACCAGAAGCCUGAGUUCCUGGCCUACACAGAUUUCUCCACCUCCUGCCUGGUGUCGAGCACGCCGCACGCAGCCUACCCUCGCGAUGACAGACUGUACCAAGAGAGCCAAGGGGGUUACCAAAGAGCUGACUGGCAGUUCAACCAAUGUGAGACUCGUGUGAGAGCACCUGAGGCCUGCCCGCCUGUUGCCCCUGCAGUAAUAGGUGGCGGCGGCGGCAGUGGGGCUGGAGGGCCUGAGCUGGACAGUGUAGGGGGGGACAGGCUUCCAGGCACUGUGCCCGGGUGUAUGGAGGGAGAAUACUCACCCCAGAGCGUGGCGUCGGCCGAUUCGGACAAGAAGAGCUCCAAUAAGAGGAAAAGAGAUGUCACAGAUAUCCAGGAGUCUAGCUUUAAGGUGGAUUCCAGCUGCAAGGCAAGAAAAGAGCGCACAGCAUUCACCAAGGAGCAGCUGAGAGAACUGGAGGCAGAGUUCACCCACCAUAACUACCUGACCAGGCUGCGUCGCUACGAGAUCGCUGUAAACCUGGACCUCACAGAGAGACAGGUUAAAGUUUGGUUCCAGAAUCGGCGAAUGAAGUGGAAGAGAGUGAAGGGAGGACAAUCGGCUUCGCCCAACGAGCUGGAAAAUGACGACAUAGACUCAGCUGCUUCACCCAGCUCUGAAUGAUGUUUUUAAAAAAUUGUCUUCGGACAAAAAAAAGAAGAAGAAAAAAUAACGAGGCCUGCGCUCAACUGGACACCAACGCAACCUUUGAUUUUAUGGAAAGUUGACUCCAGGAACCAAAUAAUUCCAGAGACUUUUUCAUUCCCAAGAAGAAAACACCAAGCAUCCGUCACUGUUUUCUGUUGUAAAUAGUUGAUUUAUGUCCAUAAUGAACUGUAUUUUCAUACAACUUUGAUAAAUAUUCCAUUUAAGAGGCCCACUCUUGAUAUUCCUGAUCGUUGUAUAUUAGUGACAAAGUCCAUACAGCAGCUUUAAGGCUAGUGAUGACAUAUCAGGCCAUGAUGUGAUUGUGUUUGAGGUCCUCCCCUUUGCUUCCAGUAUUGUAAUCAUGGCCUUUGACGCUUGACUACAACCACCUGGGAAAACUCAGACUGCACGAGUGUUGCCAAGGCCUAAGUGCCUCCGAAUCAGAUUUUACUUUUUUUUUCAUUUUGAGAGUUUCUUUUUCCUAGAAUAUAGUUUUUUGGGUUUUUUUCUUUUCAGUAAGGCAUUUUUACUACGUUUUAUACCAUUUGAAUGUUGUUGAUAAAACACAGAUGUUGACUGUUUCUGCAAAUAAAAUAAAUCAUCUGUUGCAAAAUGGGAAACAUAUUGGUAAUUUCUUCCACCUGCAACAGUUGAGUUAUGACUGGACAGUAGGUACAGUAGAUGUGUAUUUUUGGCAGAUGGUUUUAUUAUGUGUGACUAUAAUUCCUAAAAGCAAAAUAAUUACUGAUAGUUCAGUUUGCUUCCAUUUGCUAUUUUUGUUGGCAGGGGAAAGCAGAAGUAUUAAAUAGUUUGCAUGUGUGUGCACUUAAUGGAUGCAGCGAAAUAUUGUAGCUAUAUCAAACACUGUGGUGCACUUAUUGGUGGUUGUUUAAACUAUCAGUGUUUUGUACCAUGAUUUAAAAUGAUGACUCUUCUUCUUGUGCAAGGGCUAAAGAAAUAGCACACAAAAAAAAUAUUUUUUGCUAAAUCUAACAAACAAAACUGCACCAAUCAAUAUUCUUAAUCGGUCCGUUUAUCAGUGAGUGUACAAUAUAAUGCAACCAAAUAGGAAUGAACUCAUACGCCUGUCCUUUGACCAUGUAGUCAAAGAGCAGUUUUUAAUUUUAAUGUUUUUAACAUGACAAACAGGAAGCAUGAUUAGUUAUGAGCCACAUGGCCACUGUGUACUAAAGUCAACACCCUGCAGCUCCUGUUUGCAUGCUGCAUAUACGUGCCAGCUGUGUGAACACUGAUUAAAUAUACACAGGACAGUGUUGUUCUAUGGUAUUGGGCUGUUUUAUGUCAGAUUAUAUACCUGAGCAUUACUAUGACAAAAACAUUGACCUGAUCAUCAAAUUUAUCAAUGCUAUCUACUGCCUACUUGUGUUUUUUUGCCUACUACUGUAGCACUUUUAUUUCAGACUUUUUAAAUUCUUGGCUAAUUUUUACUUGCAAGAUAGCCCGUUCAACCACUGUUUUAUAAAUAACGGCUAUAAUAAGCGAAACUGAAACUGAAAUCCACACUGGUGACGUUGAAACCGGAGACCUGAGAAACUGAAUAACAUUCCUCACUCCAAGCGACUAAGAGUGAAAUAAUCACUGAUGACAGCAAUUGGGUGGGACCAAGAGAAACCUUUCUCAGCUUCCAAGCAAUUGCAACAACUACCAAAUACAGCAAGGAAUACAGCUGACUGACAUAUGACCUGGUAGUAAAUAUGUUAGAGGAUUACCCAGGCAAUCAGGGCCUGCAAUGUCCACAAGCAUCCAGCUGUCAGCUGCAAAGCGGCGUGCAAUUAGCAAACCAUUUCCAGUAUAUAAGAAGCUUAAAGUUAGGCAACUUCUGAGCUAGCUGUAACUUAGCUGCCACAGCCACUGUUGUGUAUUUGUGACUGGCUAAAUAGGCCAAUCACAAAUACACAUACACAUAAAAAAAAACAUGCCUUGUGCUGUAUUAAUAGUAAUGCAUAAUUUUUUUUUACCUUGGUAAGGAGGAAAACAAAUCCUGUUAUUGCUAGCUUUUCCGACUUUGCGAUUAGAACUCGCUCAACUUGUGAGUGAUGUCAUUCCCAGCUCAAACUUCCGAGGUAAACGGAAUGCAGCAUAACUUGUCUUUUCACCAAAAUCUAAAAUCAGGAUAGUUUUUGUUUUUGGAGAGUUUGUGUUGGAAUUUGCAUUGGAACCUGUGUUGCACUUGGAGCCGGUCAUUUGUUGACAUUAGCGAUUGUUCCAGUUAAAAGCUAACAUUGGCUAAUGUUGCUAAUGAGUGUUGGAAGCUGGAAGCGGAAGAGAAGUCUUGACUCAAGGUAAUUAACAGCAAGCAUGAACAUCACAUGCUUUGGAUAUUCAUGGCAAUUCACAUAGAAAUACGCAUAGAAAUAACACUGGCUGUUUCUGUUUUUUAUGUUUAAUCCAUUCACAUCGCCAAUAAAAGUGUUUAAUCCACAAAAAUGCUGCUAACACAGCCCUAAUGUUGCUUUUGGCCUUAGUAAUUUGGUGCAUUCACACUGAUGCCAUGCCUUAUUUUCAGCAGCAGGCAGUCUCCUACAUACAAAGU